CCGCGCCAUAGGAGCGCGCGCCGGCCGCGGGGCGGGGCCCCUCGAGUGCCGUAACCCGCGCCGGGGGCUCCGGCCGCCACUCUCGCCCCGAGAGCCACUAGAGGCUGAGCCGUCGAGUGGCGUCGAGUGUCGGCCGGUCGGAUGUCCGCGGAGGGCGGCGACUACUCGCCGUGUCCGGCGGAGGCGCUGCCGGAACUGAGCGCUGCCGAGCUGGCGAUGAGCCUGUCGCCCAAGUCGGCGCUGCUGCAGCAGAACCUGUCCCAGCUGCAGCUCCAGCACUCCACCCCGUUCUCCGUCACGGAUAUCCUGUCUCCGAUAGAGGAGUACCGCAAGCUGGAGUUGGCGAACAAUCCGCCGUCGCCGUACAGAUCGAAUUCAUCAGGCAGCAGUAUUAAUUCCCCACUGGGGCCAUCGUGCGGCAUGGCGGCGAACCCGUACGCCGUGCCGCUGUACGGCGGAGCCCCGGUGCAGGGCUACGGCUGCGCCCCGGCGGACUUGCCGCACUACGGAGACAUGCGGGGCGCCGGCUGGUACCCCGCGUCUAACGACCCCAGGUUUGCCAUUUCCAGGCUGAUGACGUCGACGUCUGGCGGCAUGGGGCACGUCAACAACAUGGGCGGGCUGGCGGCGUGCGCGGGCCCCGACUCCAAGCCCAUGCAGUUCCCGCUGGCGCAGCGCCGGAAGCGGAGGGUGCUGUUCACACAGGCACAGGUGUACGAGUUGGAGAGGCGGUUCAAACAGCAGAAGUAUUUGUCGGCGCCGGAGAGAGAACACCUCGCGUCUCUCAUACACUUAACCCCUACACAGGUCAAAAUAUGGUUUCAGAACCAUCGCUAUAAAUGUAAGAGACAAGCUAAGGAGAAGGCGAUGGCCGAGCAGAACCAACACAAUCAGUCGUCAUCAUCACCGCGGCGGGUGGCAGUCCCGGUGCUGGUGAAGGACGGCAAGCCCUGCGGCUCGGGCGAGUCGUCGUCGCCGGCGCACAGCCACUGCGCCACGCCCACGUCGGGGUACUCGGCGGCGCAGGGCUCGCAGGCGGCGUGCAGCAACCCGCUGGUGUCGUCGUACCGGCAGCCCGCCGCCUACCAGCAGCAGUGCUCCGGCUACCUGCCGCUGCAGGGCCGCGCCUGGUAGAAGUUCCCGCAGCUUUACCACGAGACAAUGUUCAAGGAAGAGAUGUAUUUCGAUUAAUUCGACUGAACGCUGUGGUUUGUUUUACAUUGGUGUUUUUGUUAAUUACGAUUUUGUGUCGUGAUCAAGUUUAUGGAUCAAACUAUAAGUAUAGGCUUUUGUCUAAAAUGUAAACGAGUCCCGUUCUCGUUAAAAUGUUAAUUUAUUGUUUGGUUCGUUUAUACUCCUUUGCAGAAAUAAUCUCUAUAUAACGAUAUUUUGUAAGUGAAAAUUUGUCGUUUACAUAUUUUUAUUUUGAAUUUGAUAUAUUUCAAAUAUAACUUAAGUACCUAACUAACUGUGUAUAAUUUCGUAAUGAAGUCGUUUGGCUAGUUUGUCUUGCCAUAAGCUUAUGAAACCACAAGCCUCCUCUAAGAACAUUGUCUCCGGUGAAGUCGCUGGCUGCAGCUACUAACAUGGACUUGAUUAGAAAAAUAGUGAAUUCUCAGUGUUGAUGUAAAAUGUGGACAUAGUCGGUGAUCGCCGCAAACGGGAGGAGGGUAACGUGUAAAUACUUAGCUAUAGUCCUAGAUAAGCACACGUGAGGAUUUGAAUUGAUUCCUUGUGAUAUUUUUUUUACUGACUAUCGAACCUGAAUUUAAAAAUAUUUCUACAUUUUCCAUAGAUGUGUAGAAACUUAUGUGUGUUUGCCUUUUUUGUAGGUAUGAGAUUCUAACUGUAGACACAAAUAUUUUUCUGUUCAGGAUUCCAAUGAGUGCCAAACUUCCAGCUCUUGAUAGACAGAUGUCUGUUUUAUGCGAUAAAGCACAAAGUUUUACUUGUAAUAGAUAUUAUGUAAUGAAUUGGAUGGAGCGUUUCACCACACAAACAGUUCAUUUGGAUCAACAGGAGCCAUUUCUUUCUCGGUUACUAUUAAAAUAAUAGAUAAAAGACUUGAUUUGAUGAAUAAAAACCUGCAAUAAUUAGUUCCCAGUAGUUUAUAUAGAUGGUGAAAGUCUCUAUGCCUGCGUAGGAACAUUACUGUAAAUAACUGAUAAAGUAGCAAAUUGUUGUGUGAAUAGAACAUAAUUUUAACGAGUCAGUGUUUGCGUGUGUAGAUAAUAAUGUAUAUAGUAUAGUAUGGACCGGUGCAGCACCGAGCCCGGCCCGGAUCAACACUCUUGUGCAAUCUAUAUUGGCUUGGACUUGGCUGAUUGAAUCAAAAUCUUUUAAUAUACAUUUAAUCAAAAUUAACAUACAUGAUAUUAUUUAAUUAAACUGGUCCUGAAGACUUUAUUUUAGAAUCUGUUAUAGGUCUGCUUUCAUAGGCCUAAAUAUAACCAGAAAAUACUUUUCUGUCAUUCUAAUCAGCCAGGUUACAAACAUUUUAAAUUGACUUUUUGAAAUAGUUUUAUCAUCAUUUUUAUUGCAAGAAUAAACAACGAAUUUAUAGUAAUAAACAAGGAUCAUUCCAUACAUGUUUAAUCUACUUACUUUGUUUUUCUUUUUAUAUAAAUUAAAUACUUUUUUGACUUGAUUCUAUCCAAAUGCAAUUAUUUACUUAUGAACUUAUGAUGUACUUAAGACAAUUUUUUUUACAAUGUGAACUCUGCAAAUUGCUGCAAUGUAAAUAGUAAUUAAUAUCAAUUAGUAACGAUUUUUUUAUUAAAACAUGUCGGCGAUCCCCGCGUCACCUGACGACGAAAUAAUAGCAAUAAGAAUUUAAUUAAAAUUAGAUUAAUUCGUCUGUUGUAACAACAUGGAGUAACGAUUUUUCAACUUAAUUUAUAUGUUCAGAAAAAUUAGGUCGAUGUAUAAUUUGUAGGAUUAGGGGAGUUAAUAAUUAUUACAAUAAUUAUAAAUAAUAGUAUUAACGAGAAGGAAUUUGUAACUAUAACGAUGAAGGGAGGUGUAAUGAAUUUCGAUUUAUAAAAUUAAUAAAAUUAAUGAGUUUUA